UUUCAUUCCUCUUAUCCAAAAACAUUUUUUGCUGAUCGCACGAAACAUAUUACUUAUUGAAAGCUUGGAAUGAUUUAAAUAUCCGAGGUUGCCGUAUAUACGGAUGGCACCUUCAAGCGUUUGUGGUGAUAAAAAAAAAUUGUGAAUCUUGAGAUCUACUAAAUCUGCAUGUACGGUGCAGAUUCGUUUUUUUGCUCUACUUUAUCAUGCAAAAGUCGGGUAUGCUUCAUCACAAAUCCCUCUUCAACUUGGUCAAAAAAAUUAAUGGGCGAGUCGAUUUUGGGAAUCCCAAGGUAUUCGGCAAUAUGUUUCUGGAUAGAAGUGCCUUAAACGCAGUUCAAUUUCAAAAGGGACGUAACGUAGUCACUGUGAAAGAAACUCGUCGAAGAAAAUUACCGGUUAUCAAGAGUAUGCUCUUUGAAAAUGGUGAAAAAUUAACCGACGACGAUGACGAGGAUGAUGAUGAUGAGUUGUGCCCUGUUGACUGCGUGAGAGAGUUUCAGACCGACGAGGAAUUCGCGGGGAUUAUGGAGAAGGCCAAUGAAGUGAACGCGUUGGUGAUUGUCGACUUCUAUCGAACUUCUUGCGGGAGCUGCAAAUAUAUUGAACAAGGAUUUGCAAAACUGUGCAAAGGGUCCGGAAAUCAAGAAGCGCCCGUCGUUUUCCUUAAACACAAUGUACUUGAUGAGUACGACGAACAGUCCGAGGUUGCCGAACGCCUCCGAAUUAAGACUGUUCCGUUAUUCCACUUCUACAAAAACGGAGUCCUAUUGGAAGCGUUUGCGACCAGAGAUAAAGAGCGAAUACUUGCAUCCAUUCUUAAGUACACGGCUUCUGCUUCUCAAGAAGUCAACUCGAUCUCGUGAUGUUUAUACUUUUUUUUUUUUUUUUUACUUUCCACCAUUAUUGUAGAAAUGCCGAGAUACUUAUAUAUAUGCAUAUAUGAUUUGAUCUGCGGUUGCAUUUGUAUUGUAACAUAGUACUAUUUAAAUUUAGCACAAGAGAGAUUGUACGGGAGAGCAUCUCCAACCAUAUUGGUUUUGGAGGCUAUUUCAAUGGUACUCUCGGUGAAGAUUACAUCAGAAUAAACUUAUACUAUUGAUCUACAAA